GCUGAGGGCUUCCCGAGACCCCUCCUUCCUAUGCCUAAGGGAAGGGUGGGGAGGAGCCCAGCAAAUACCGAAGGCGCCGUGGCCCCCCCGGCCAGCAGGGGACCCUCCCGGCGAAGCUCGCCGGCCAGCAGAGGAUCCUCCCGGCGACGUUCGGCAUCCGUGGAGCGGAAUUGGCUGGAAUGGGAGAAAGAGCUAAAACUGAGAGAGCUGGAGGAUCGUGAACAACAGAGACAGCAUGAACGGGAGGAGAAAGAGAGACAGAGACAGGAGAAAGAGAGACAGCAUCAGCGUGAAGAGAGACAGAGACAGCAUGAACGGGAGGAGAAAGAGAGACAGAGACAGCAUGAAGAGAGACAGAGACAGGAGAAUGAGAGACAGCGUCAGCAUGACCUGGAACUGGCGAGAUUGAAGGGCAGCGAACCCCCGGCUGCGGUGAGGGAGGGGGGACCCAGGACUGCACGGAGCUUUGAUAAGUGCAUCCUGGCUCCACGCAAGGAGGGGGAGGACAUGGAUGACUUCCUGGAGGCCUUUGAGACGGCCUGCGAGCUGCACCGGGUUGAUCCCGCGGACAGACUCCGGGUCCUUACCCCCUUACUGGACCCCAAAGCCGUGGCAUUGUACCGCCAACUGGGAGAGGCAGAGAAAGGGGACUACGAACUAUUCAAAAAGGCCCUGCUACGUGAGUUUGGGCUGACUCCUGAGAUGUACCGGGAAAGGUUCCGGAGUCAGGAUAAAACCCCUGAGAUCUCAUAUCUGCAACUAGCCGUCCGCAUGGAAAGAUAUGCCAGCAAGUGGGCUGGUGGGGCCCAGACGAAGGAGGACCUGAUUAAACUGCUGGUACUGGAGCAACUGUAUGAGCGGUGCCCAUCCGACCUGAGGCUGUGGUUGGUGGACAGAAAGCCAGAGAACCCGCGACACGCAGGGCAGCUGGCUGAUGAGUUUGUAAAGAGCCGGUCAGGGGGUGGCAGGGAGGAGCCCCAAAGGAACAGGCCCGCCGCGAUGCAGAGAGAGAGUCACCCUGGGACCUCCCAAAGGGGGAAUAUGGGGAAUCCCCUCCCGCGGGGAAUGCCCAGCGUCAGGGACAACCGACCGGCUCGAGGGGACCCACGGGACAUGAGCUGCUAUUACUGCGGCCGAAGAGGCCACGUUCGGGCCCAGUGCCCCAAGCUCAAGGACAGACUGAGCAGACCGAACCCGCACCGGGUUAACUUGGUAGAGGCCCAGACGGACGAGGGGCAGGCUUCUCACGCAAGAGGGGCUGGGGAGCUGUAA